GUUUGCUCCAACGCACACACUCUGAGUACGAGUAAUGGAACCUGACAUUGACCGCCCGGUUGAGAUAUUCCCACGGGCGUCUCCGAAUUCCCCCAAAUGGAUGCAUGAAGGUGGCCGGUGUUUGUGCGGCUUCGUACAUGGCGACGUAUACUUUGAGCAAUAGCUGCAGUUGCUUGACUGAAAGAUUGCGCACAAUGUUGAGCAUAUUGAGCAUAUUGACAAGUGAUAUAGUUGUACGUAGGAGGGGUGACCCCGAGACGCGCCUGGGGGAACGUUGGGCAUCGGAGAAAGUCGGCGGUGCGGAGGUGAAGCUGAGAGUGAAAAUAAACUUUAUACGUGGACGGGGAGGACGCGGUUUGGCUGUUCGUACCACCUCAUCGUCGCCGUCGUUCACCAUGCUCACCUCACGCGGCGUACACCGUCUCUCGCGCAGAGCCCUGCAAAGCGCGAAGAGGACAAACGCCUUUUUCUCUACCGCUACUGCAGCACCCAUCCUCGCAAGAGCAGCUUCCGUUCCUUCUUCUUCCCGGGCGCAGGCUCGUCCUGCUCGUGCAGUUCCCCAGUCGGCACGCACGUAUGCAACUGAAGCGACUGCAGCGGUUGGCCAAGUCAAAACCGUUAUUGGUGCCGUCGUCGACGUGCAAUUCGAGACUGAGAACCUUCCUCCUAUUCUCAAUGCUCUCGAGGUCAAGGAUUUCCACGGUGGUCGUCUCGUCCUCGAGGUCGCCGCUCACCUUGGCGAAAACUCCGUCCGUACCAUUGCCAUGGACGGUACUGAGGGUCUCGUUCGUGGCCAGAAAGUUGUUGAUACUGGCUCUCCUAUCAAGAUUCCCGUCGGCACCGCGACCCUUGGUCGUAUCAUGAACGUCAUUGGCGAGCCCAUUGAUGAACGUGGUCCCAUCAUUGGUGUCAAGCUCUCUCCCAUUCACGCCGAGCCUCCCCCGUUCGUUGAUCAAUCAACAACCGCCGAGGUUCUUGAGACUGGUAUCAAGGUUGUCGACCUCCUCGCUCCCUACGCUCGUGGUGGAAAAAUCGGUCUCUUCGGUGGUGCUGGUGUCGGCAAGACUGUGUUGAUUCAAGAGCUCAUCAACAACGUUGCUAAAGCCCAUGGUGGUUUCUCUAUUUUCUGCGGUGUCGGAGAGCGUACCCGUGAGGGUAACGAUCUGUACCAUGAAAUGAUUGAGACCGGUGUCAUCAACCUCAAAGGUGACUCCAAGGUCGCUCUCGUCUUCGGUCAGAUGAACGAGCCCCCUGGUGCCCGUGCCCGUGUCGCUCUUACUGGUUUGACGAUCGCUGAGUACUUCCGUGAUGAGGAGGGCCAGGAUGUGUUGCUCUUCAUCGACAACAUUUUCCGUUUCACCCAGGCUGGUUCAGAAGUGUCUGCCCUUCUCGGUCGUAUUCCAUCUGCUGUCGGUUACCAACCCACACUCUCCACGGACAUGGGUAGCAUGCAGGAGCGUAUCACCACCACCAAGAAGGGAUCUAUCACCUCCGUGCAGGCCGUUUACGUGCCGGCUGAUGAUUUGACUGAUCCUGCUCCCGCUACCACCUUCGCUCACUUGGACGCCACGACUGUGUUGUCUCGUUCUAUUGCUGAGCUUGGUAUUUACCCCGCCGUCGACCCUCUUGACUCCAAGUCCCGUAUGCUCGACCCCCGUAUCGUCGGUAGGGAACACUACGACGUCGCCACCGCUGUCCAGAAGAUUCUUCAGGACUACAAGUCGCUCCAGGAUAUCAUUGCUAUCUUGGGUAUGGACGAGUUGUCCGAAGAGGACAAGUUGACUGUCGAGCGUGCUCGUAAGAUCCAGCGUUUCAUGUCGCAGCCCUUCCAGGUCGCCCAGGUCUUCACUGGUUACGAGGGUAAGCUCGUCUCGCUCAAGGAUACCGUCCGAUCCUUCAAGGAGAUUCUCUCUGGCCAACACGACUCUCUUCCUGAGUCUGCUUUCUACAUGGUACGUCGGCACUAUCGAGGAUGUCAAGACCAAGGCCGAGCAGCUCGCGAAGGAGAUGGGUGAACAAUAGUUUAAAGUAUCAAGUUAGAGCAUGCUAUAAUAGUGGAUAUAUCAUGGACCUGUUGGCUGCCAUUGGACGGCGUCGUAGUCCAUAAAAUGCGAUCUAUUCGUUCUCCGUGUAUAUGCUUGAGAAGUGAUCUGCACAUUGCGGGAAUGCAAAGAAGUGCUUGCUUCUUGACCAUGAUGAUGAUUGAGCGAUGUGCUAAUGUCCU